UCAAUAAUCGAACUUUUAUUUUCCCAUUUUUGAACUUUUUUCAGAAGUGUGUUCGGAUUUAUCCAGUGAGAGCACCUUUGGAGCCUAUCGUGUUGCAAACUAGAUGUUAUCUCAACCUUCCACCACCACCACCUCCACCUCCACCAUUACCACCAAAUCUAUAAUGAAGAAAGCAGAAUUGGUAUUCAUCCCUUCGCCAAGGGUGAGCCACCUUAUGUCCACCGUGGAGAUGGCCAAACUGUUACUCCAAAAGGAUGCUCGCAUGUCCAUCACUGUUUUAAUCAUGAAGUUCCCCAAUGAUACGGUUCUAGAAAGUUACACACAAAAACUCUUCGCCGCCACCGAUCCCAGCUCCCGUCUCAGGCUAAUAAACCUUCCCGGCCAAGAUGAGCUGAAGCCCAUAAAAUCAGAAACAUUCUUCUUUGAUUUCAUUGAUAGCCAAGCGAUUCUUGUAAGAAAUAUACUUUCAAAUAUGAUGGAAUCCUCUGAUUCCCAGUUAGCAGGAAUUGUUAUAGAUAUGUUCUGCACGUCAUUCAUUGAUGUAGCCAAUGAACUUGGACUCAAUUCUUACAUUUUCUUCACUUCAGGUGCUGCUUGUUUGUCCCUAUUUUUGCAUCUUGUGUCACUUUUCUUUGAACAUAAUCAGGAUUUAACACAGUAUAAAAAUUCUGAUGUUGAAUUGCCCGUGCCGUGUUUUUCGAUCCCGGUUCCGGCUAAGGUCUUGCCGUAUGUAUUCGUAGAGGACGCGUCCAAGUCGAAGAUGUUCUUGGGCUAUUUCAAGAAAUUCAGAGAGACAAAUGGGAUUAUGGUUAACACAUUUUCUGAGCUUGAAUCCUAUGCUAUUCAAGCUUUGAGUACUGAUGAAAACACUCCAAAAAUUUAUCCAGUAGGGCCUAUAUUGAAUUUGAAUGAGAACAAUUCCCCCAAAAAUGAAUCAGACGAAUUCAUUUUAGAUUGGCUAGACAAGCAAUCUGAGUCUUCAGUUGUGUUCUUGUGCUUUGGGAGUAUGGGAAGUUUUGAUGAGUGUCAAGUGAAGGAAAUAGCUACAGCACUUGAAAAUAGCGGACAAAGAUUCUUAUGGUCCUUAAGAAAGCCUCCUCCAAAGGAUAAGAUGGAAUUUCCAGAAGCAUAUGAUGAUCCUCAAGAAGUAUUACCGGACGGGUUCAUAGAGAGAACGAAAGAGGUUGGGAAAGUGAUCGGUUGGGCGCCACAGAUGGCCGUGCUGUCCCAUCCUGCGGUGGGCGGAUUUCUGUCGCAUUGUGGUUGGAAUUCGACGUUAGAGAGUGUGUGGUGUGGGGUUCCGAUGGCUACUUGGCCAAUGUUUGCAGAGCAACAACUGAAUGCAUUCCAAUUGGUUAAGGAUUUGGGAAUCGCGGAGGCUAUCAGAAUAGACUACAGGAGGGAUUUCAAGGCGGAGAAUCCUGUGGAUUUCGUUCCAUCAGAGGAUAUAGAGUCGGGAAUAUUGAGGUUGAUGGGAAACAAUGGCAAGAAUGAAAUGAAACAGAAGGUGACAGAAUUGAAGAACAAGAGCAGGAUGGCUUUGCAAGAAGGUGGAUCUUCUUACACUGCUCAGUCUCUUUUCAUUGAGGAUGUAAUCAAUAGCAUUGCUUAAGAAUUCAUUGUCCAUAGCAAAAGGAUGGAAUGGAACCGAUUUCAGAAUGAUUUGGUGAACAAGAACACUUUUUUUAUUUUAUUUAAAUUAUGAGGUCGGAUUGUGACUAGUAAGCCCUUUUACAUUCUCUAUUGGUUAGUAGCGUUCAUGCAUUUGUCUUAUAGUUUGUUCACAUAUGGGGUGUAGUCGAUGUUUACACUUUACAUACAAUUAUGAGGAGCUGCAAAGGCUUUCGCCGGACUUCUAGCGUUCUCUUAUGGUGCUAAUGUUUGUCACUCUAGACUAUAGUGUCAUGUUGGUUAUAAUCUAUUGAUUUUAUGUAUCUUAAGGAUUUUAUCAUGUUUUUUCUUUUC